ACAACUCUGCAUCCAUAGUAAACGGCGUUUUGGGGCACCAAAAGUGGACAGACGGGAUGGAGAUUUAUUUCACUACCGAAUGUUGAUACAUUUCGUUGCAAUGUUUCCAUUGUGUUCCCGGAGAUCUCGUGUUGCUCAUUUCGAGGCGAAGCGUUCCAUUAGAAUGUUUUGGAUUUUGUUGUGGUGUGAAAUUGACACAACUGCCUGGUAACCAGGUUUGUUGCUAUCAGGCCGGCCCUCCCUCACUAUGUAGUCGAAAAUUUAUACUUGUGAUUGUUCUCCCCUCUACAACUUUAAUUAAAACCUCGCAACAUAUUUGACUUGUAAUCGUUUUAUUCCCUGACAAGGUAGACUUGUCUUCCGGAACUAUUUUUCGAAUAUGUGCGUGUACUUCAAUUGUUAUAGUCGUAGCACAACUCUUUUCGUGAGUGCCGGGAACUUUUCCGAAGGGUUUGGACCGGCUAGUUGAACACCACGGGAAUUACAUGUGUGAGCUUUGAGCUAAUCACGAACGUCGUUUACCAACUGGUAUUUAAUUUGCCAGUGUCCGAGAAGGAGGGGGGGGGGAAAUCGUGAUUUGCGCGAGUGUUUGGACGUAAAUAUUCUUCCUGGAGUUUGGAAAGAAUGCGAAUUAGUAAAGGCUACAGGGUGAAUGGGAGUUCAUAUCCUCAACUGGCUGACGGUGUUACCUGCUGUGUUGCUGCUGCUUCCCUACUCAACCCCUGCAGUCGUGUGUAUCUCGUGGAACUAUGGACCAAGAAUAUGAGCGGAGGCUUCUUCGACAAACACAUUUCCAAAAUGUCUCAGAAAAUAUGCUUUCUCCGGCUGCCUUGAGUACACGACAUGUAACCUCAAACUCGCCAGCAACCCUUCCUCGCAAGACAGGCGACCGAUUUAUACCAACGAGAGCGAGUUCCAACUGGAGCAUCAACUUCCAUACUAUAAAUGAAAAUGGAAAAUCCCCGAACCAGAAUCGAAAAACAAAAGAAGCAAAUUCUGACAAUGGGAAAGAUGGUGUGGCAUAUGCGGCCUUACUAAAGAACGAGUUACUGGGAGCAGGCAUUGAAAAAGUAAGUGACCCACAAACUGAAGAUCGGAGAUUUCAAAUGCCAAUGCAGGAGCGACGCAAUCUAUUCAGAUAUGCCUUGAGUACGAAGAGAUCUACUACUGAAAGUGGGAAUGAGAUUUCACCGUAUUCAUUAUCCCCUGUCAGUAAUAAAAGUCAAAAGCUAUUGCGGUCACCACGGAAACCAACAAGGAAGAUUUCAAAGAUUCCAUUUAAGGUUCUGGAUGCUCCAGAAUUGCAGGAUGACUUUUACCUCAAUCUAGUGGAUUGGUCAGCAGCAAAUGUCUUGAGCGUUGGUCUCGGUGCAUGUGUUUACUUAUGGAGUGCGUGCACCAGUCAGGUAACAAGGCUAUGUGACCUCUCCAUAGAUGGAGACUCUGUUACAUCUGUUUGUUGGAAUGAGAGGGGGAGCUUUGUGGCUGUGGGCACCCAUAAAGGGUAUGUGCAGAUCUGGGAUGCAGCGGCUGGGAAGAAGCUGACUUCUCUCGAUGGACAUUCCGCCAGAGUUGGUGCUUUGGCCUGGAAUGCUGAUCAACUCUCAUCAGGUAGUCGAGACCGUCUCAUUCUUCAGAGAGACGUGCGAACACCCCCACUUCAGUCGGAGCGCAGGUUACAAGGUCACAGGCAGGAAGUUUGUGGGUUAAAGUGGUCUCCUGAUCACCAGCACCUGGCCUCUGGGGGCAAUGACAACAAGCUAUUUGUGUGGAACAAUUCCAGUCUGAGCCCAGUCCAGCAAUAUACAGAACAUUUAGCUGCUGUAAAGGCCAUUGCCUGGUCCCCCCAUCAGCAUGGGCUGCUGGCUUCAGGAGGGGGCACUGCCGAUCGCUGCAUCCGGUUCUGGAACACACUGACCUGUCAGCCGCUGCAGUGUGUUGACACAGGCUCCCAGGUCUGCAACCUUGCCUGGUCGAAGCACGCAAACGAACUGGUUAGUACACACGGCUAUUCCCAGAAUCAGAUCUUAGUGUGGAAGUAUCCAUCCUUAACGCAAGUUGCCAAACUAACAGGGCAUUCAUAUAGAGUGCUCUACCUGGCUAUAUCACCAGAUGGAGAGGCUAUUGUGACAGGCGCAGGAGAUGAAACUUUACGGUUUUGGAACGUUUUCAGUAAAACCCGCUCUACAAAGGAAUCAAAAUCUGUUCUUAACCUUUUUACAAGGAUACGAUAAAACUGUCCCAAAGAACACUGCUAAAGCGGAUUCCGUCAUUCCCAAACAUAAGCAGCAGUAAAGUUCAUCAGAGCUAACAUAACCCCCUCUUCACUGUUUUUGUUCAAGUGGUCAACGCUCUUUCAUUUGAUGAGAUUGAGGCUGAUUGGACAGGAGAAAGUUGGGACAUUAAUAACUCAACUCAACACAGGUGGAUGAAAAAAAAACCAAAAUUAGUUUUGUGUUAAGGGAGAGAGUUCACUUUAUAUGUAUCUAUUUGUACAAUGUGUACAGAAACUAUUUAUUGGACUAAGGCUGACAUUUUGCUCUGUUAACGCUUGCAUGGAAGUGGGAAUGUGGGAUUGGAUCUAGAAUUUCUUUGAAUCUUUUGUAUAGAAAAAAACAUGAAGAGACUUAUUUGUAUUGUCUUUAAAAAUUGAAAAGGAAGACAACUGGUUUUUAUUAUAAAUUAACCAUGCCCAUUCCAUGUGAUCAUUUAACAGUAUUUGCUUCUGGAGCUAAGAAAUUUCAUCUUAUGUAAUUUACAUUGCACUUAUGAAUCUUGUUCAGUUGGAGUAAAGUCAUUACAAAUGGGAUCCAUAAUUAAAAAAUAUUUAACAUGCAA